UUGUCCUCUUUCGAUCUCCGAUGGAUUUAGCGGAACCCAUGUGUAUUACAUUCGCGUAUGCAUACUCGUCUCUCCCACCUAUUGAAAAGCACAUCGCUCAUUGAGGUGCGUUUCCAUGCACGAUUUUGCGGGGCUCUGCCGCGCACAUUACGCAUCGAGGGAAGCCCUGAUAUCCUUUAAAAUCUAAAUCCGACCGCGAGGGGUUCGGUCGUCAUCGAUCCCGUUGCAAAAUUUACAAUGUCGAUGCGCGCGAGGGAUCGAUUCCCUUCUAACGGAUAUCUGUUGCCUUCCAAAGAAGAUCGAUGUCUGGUCUAAUUCGCAAAUAAUUUUGGCGCCCUAGGUCGAAACAUUACCGAUACAAUAUAAGAUCUUUUCUUCCCAAACUAAUUAAAUGGAAUUAUAAGUCCUGUGAGAUUUUAUUAAAUUAUCUUAAAACGUACACCCUCUUUAAGAUUUAAGCUACUUUCAAAAAGCUUCCGCAUCGUGGCACAAAGUUGCUUCGCAAACACAAAGAGACCUAGUGCAUAACAGUGUUGGUUACCGGAUGCUUUGAUAAUCUAACGUAUUUGUAAGAUAAAGUUUUGCAUUCCGUCCUCUUAUCGUUCAUAGCGCGACGAGCCGCUGGGGGAUUCUUGGCAAAUUGUAUGACGCAUACACGUGAGUUUUUCAAUUCCAUCUGGCAUUAGAGAUCGGCGUGCUGGAUCCAAUCCCUUCGCGGUGACGUGCAAACACGUUCCGGAUACGUGCAUAUGCGCGUCGAAGAGAUACCCCGGAGAAGCGGAGGAAAACCGUGGAGCGCAUCCACGCGGGGAGGAAGAUUCUUCCCUUCCUCUCCCUUCUUUGCCUAUAUAUCUGUUUUCCACUUUUUUUUUCCUUCCCUCCCUUCGCGGACUACCGCGAGAGAGCCGGCCUCGCUUCGCUCCCCGGCAUUACUCUCUCCUUUUUAGUGCCGUUCUCCCCUUCCUCCUCUCGCGCGCGUUACUCUUUCCGUAUCUGUCUAUCUUCCUCCCGUUUCAUUCUUCGCGCCGCGAACGCGCCGUUCCCUCCCGCCCUUCUCUCCCUCUCCCACUUCGUCUUUGCCUCGAAAUGUGGCAUUCAACAGGGCUUCCACGCUGCUUGCGGUGGUGCGGAAUCCGCGCCGGUUUGCCGCUACGCGCGUGGCCGAGGGGCGGAGGGUGCAUCGGGGAAAUGAUGCGCAGAUUGGCCGGAUCAUCUCAAAAACCACCACCCUCCCGCCUCCUAGUCCACCUCCACCUCCUCUUCCUCCUCUUCCUCCAUCCUCUUUCAUCCCCUCGUUCAUCCUCUGCCUCCCUUGCGCGCUCUUUCGCACAGACAGCGCGCCCCGUUACUCUCGCACCCUCGUCGCCGACAGUCGCCAAGGGAUGGAAUACAACCCCCACCGCCACCACCGCCGCCGCCGCCGUCACCGCCACCGCCACCAUCACCGAACAACCAUCCCGACAGCCACGCAGCCGUCGACAACGAGUGACUGAGUCCUCCGAUUAUUAUCUCAUUUGCCGCCACGGCCAGCAGCACGCGUUGGACCACCACUGCGACAGGGAUCCAUAGAUCGUCAUCCCGGGCGACCGGUGGAUCGUCGUCCACGAGGCGGCACCGACUUGGAGGACUUCCUCUGCUAUCGCGUGUGCAGCCGCUAAAAUGACGACGACCACGGGCGACCCGUCGACUUUGAAGACUCCGGCCUCUUUAUCGGGCGGAGAUCUCGUUUCUCGCCUGCUGGCGGCCACUCCUCCGUAUCUGUACAACGUUCCACUGACACCUCAUAGCUUCUUCUUCAGCGAGAUGCUGCGGUCUUUCGUGCAGGCCAAGACGGAGACAACGUCAACCAACGGCAACAGUAGCGGCGGCAGCGGAUUGUCGAAUGUGUCGCGACGUCGCAAACGAUCCUGGCGAGACACCCGCGACCGACCACUGGAACUCACGACGAAGGAACGAUCCCAUCAUCAUCAUCACCAUCAUUAUCACCAGCAUUCGGACACCAAUAAGUACUAUCACUCUGCGGCGCAGCAGCAGUCUACUCAGGUACCGUCGGAGACUCGUUUGGAGAACGAGACCAGUAAGCGAGCGGACGUCUAUCCUGACGCGGCAUCGGAGAACAAAGCUGGUUCAUUCGAUCAGAAGCCCAACUUUAGCGGUGAUAUCUUGAAGCCCAUCGAUGAGAACAAGACGGAGUUCUUGCCGCGGCAACACGGCAAAAGUUUCUUUGACCAUGAGCGACCGCGGCAGCAUUUCGAUCAGCCACCGGAAAAUAUCUUCUCCGGUGGCGGAGAGUCGCGGAAGAUCAAGCCGGAGGACUCGCAGCAGCUGGAACGCAGCAGCAGGAACUGCAAUUUUGACAAUGGUAGGAAUUACGAGGAUCGCACCAAGAGCAUCACAUCCAGCCAGGAGAUCGUACCACCCGGUUUGCAGUUACCGGAUCAGAAAAAGCUCGACUUCCCACGUGGUCCGUUUCUUCCCGGUUUACCUGGCAGAGGAUGCGAGGGCGUUCUCCAGGGCGUGAAGGGCUUCGCCGCUCUACCCGGCGGCAUGUCCGGCCCAGCUGAGUUUCUACCCGGACCGUUAUGGUAUCCACCGUAUCCGAUGCCGCAGUCUUAUCCUGGCAUCGAUCCGCUGCACUUCUUCAUAGAUCUACGCGUCUCCGGUCAUAUCUGGGAUCGCAAACAUGCCAAUGAGCGGCAAUUACCCUUCAAGACCAAGCAUUGCUCGGCCUUCAGCGUGCCGCAGUCCAAAGAGUACAGUAAUCGGCCGUUGAAUCUCACCCGUGACGAAGCUACGACGUCCAAGAAUCUGGACGCGGAGAACAUGCGGGGUACCAAUUAUAUCUUGAAGCAUCUCACAAAGACGUAUCAGGACAUACAGCAGACGAGGAUCUCCAGGACAGAUACGUCGAUGGAGAACGAAGAGGACUCGAAAGAAGUCCACCAAGUCGGCGAGGAUAUCGCGAAGGUAGAAGACGCCAGUAGUACGACGACGAAUUCCGAAGAGGAGAGGAAGGAUCUGCGAGCUUUAAUCGGUCUCGAAUUAGUAGUGGAUUACGUGAAAGAGCCUAAGAGCGAUCCGUCGACCGAGCAAACGUCGCAAGUAACGGAAUAACUUAACUAUGACAAACACGACUUGCAAAGAGAACGCGCGCGUCGGACGGUCUUGCCAUUUUAAUCGCUAAGAUAGAAUCGUAGCAUCAGUUAUUCGCAUUUCUUCUCUUGUUACAUCUUCAAAAGUGCACUUGCGAUCGUCUAUCCUUCGUCUAAUAUAGCACCUCUGUCAACGUAAGAGUCAAAUUAUGUACAAGACCGAAUUGCACCUUUUACAAUGCAUGUAUUUCCAUACAAUUAUGAGAGAAAGAAAAAAGAGUUAUUCGCUGCUCUUUAGAUAUUAUUUUUGCGGAAAUUUCUUUUUCGUAAGAAUUUCUCACGCGCGUGUACUUUCAACCAAGAUUUAUUUAUCAAAUUUCUCAUUUGUUCUUUAUUUUUUUCAUAAAUACUUCAAAUGUCAUAUCGACCGCACUUUAAGACAGAAUUAUUCGAUUUGAUUCUGAUCUGUGCGUGCUUUUUUGAUCUGAGCGAUCAAAAAAGAAGUUACAGAUCAUUUCUCAGCGAAAACUGAAGGAUCGUAAAGUAUCGGAAUGGAAUGGCCCCGAUCCGAAUUCGACAAUGUGAUAUGUAAUGUAAAUAUUAUAAUAGUAUAUCCCGGUGUAUCUAUAUGUAUUGAUA